CGUGUGUUCGCGUGCAUCUCCACGCCGCCAUUGCAUAGUAGCUGCAUACAAUCCUUGGGCCGCUUUCUCCCUAGCAAGUUGCGGCAGCAGCCACAAGGUUCAACAGGCAUCUUUUGUUGAGCUUCUUAAAUUCAACGACGCGCAAGGCAAUUCUUCCCCCCCCCCCCAAAAAAAACACACGGUGCGGCGGAAGGAAGCAGCCAUGGCGCUCACGCCUGUCUUGCUCCUCCUGCUGGCCUACUGCCUCUCGGGCGUGAGCUCAUCUGCAGGCCCGCCGCCACGCAGCUUCACCUCCCUGUUCGCCCUCGGGGACUCGUACAUCGACGCCGGCAACUUCGUGACCAUGGCCACGCCGGUCGCUCCGGUGUGGGUCGACAAGCCUCCCUACGGCAUGACCUUCUUCGAACGCCCGACGGGGCGCUUCAGCGACGGAAGGGUCAUCGUAGACUUCGUAGCCGCGGCGCUUGGCGUCCCGUUCCUCCCGGCUUCGCUAGCCAACAGCUCGGACGACGACGUCGCGCGCCGCGGCGGCGUGAACUUCGCCGUCGGCGGCGCGACGGCGGUCGACGUCGCCUUCUUCGAGAGGAGACGGCUGGUGCCGUUCAAGCUGCUGAACAACUCGCUGGACGUGCAGCUGGGCUGGUUCGAGGAACUCGAGCCGUCCCUUUGCAACGCCACGGCGGAAACUGCAGGUUCUUAUGGUGGCGGACGGUGUUUCAGCAGAUCGCUUUUCUUGGUGGGCGAGUUUGGGGUCAACGACUACACCUUCCUAUGGACGGCGAACAAGACGGAGUCCGAGGUGAUGGCGUUCGUGCCAAGAGUUGUGAGAACCAUCGCCUCGGCCGUCGAGAGGCUCAUCGUCCGCGACGGCGCGGCGCACGUCGUGGUGACGGGGAACCCGCCGAUCGGGUGCUCGCCCACGCUCCUCACCCUGCUCCGCCGGACGAGCCGCCCCACCAGCGCGGCGGACGACGACGACUACGACCACAUCGGCUGCCUGCGCGGCGUCAACGACGUGGCCAGGCACCACAACGCGCUGCUCGGCGCGGCCGUGGUCGGCCUCAGGGCCAGGCAUCCCCGGGCCACCAUCGUCUUCGCCGACUUCUACACCCCGAUCCGUAGAAUCCUGGAAAACCCCAACCAGUUCGGGGUGGUGGUCAGUGACGUCCUGAAGGCGUGCUGCGGCACCGGCGGCGCCUACAACUGGAACGGCAGCGCCGUGUGCGGGAUGCCGGGGGUGCCCGCGUGCGCCAACCCGUCGGCGUACGUGAGCUGGGACGGCGUACACUUCACGGAGGCCGUCAACCGCUACGUUGCCGAGGGGUGGCUCUACGGGCCCUACGCUCAUCCGCCGAUACUCAAAGCCAUGCGACGGCCCUAGCCGCCCUACAAGCAGCAGCUCAGCUGCUGACAACAAAUUAAAAAGAGAUCAAUAUAACUGGCUGAUUAAGGGUCUGUUUGUCUGUAUAAGCUAUGUAACAGCUGUUGCGCUGAGAAAACUCAAAGCUAUUUGGUUGAAACAACUUUCAACAAUCAAUUUUGUAACAAUAUGAUGCCUGCUUGGUUUCUCAAAUAAACCGAUUCGACAACAUAACAUCACCAACAA